AUGUCUUCUCUCGACAAUCUCGUUGCUAUUGCUCUAGCGUGCUGUUUGAAGGUGAAAACAAGAAAAAGGAAGAUUUGGUCCAAACAUUGGCUGCGUAAACGACAAAAAUACUCUCAUGUUAACUUAAUGAAGGAACUAGCACUAGAAAAAGAUGACUGGUUUAACUACAUGCGAAUGGAUCAUGACACAUAUUUGGAACUCUUAAGUCAGCCUUCUCUCAGUGCAAUAAUCCAGAAAUAUGUGGAGCAAUCUACAAAUGUUUUAGGCCCAAAAUAUCUGAAGGUAGUUGAAAUUUAUUUGAGCCCUUGUCCGCAGUGGUUGAGAGACCAGAAUGAUACUUUACGCAGCAAAUUUAUUUCUCUUGUUGGUCCGGUUUUUGCUGAAGGAGAUGAAGCCAAUAUUUCAACAGUUUUGAAUUCCCUAUCCAGCUUAUGUUACCAAGAAGGACUGUUUGUGACUCGUAUGGACAGCGGGUCUGUUUGUUACUGAAGAUGCUUCCAAGGGGUGUUUUCUGGCCGGGAUAAAGCAUCUGAAUUCACAUGCUGGCUACUGGCAGAGCUGAUUACAAUUCAUGGAACACCUAAGGUUUGCAAAGCAAAUGUUAAUCUUCAGGUGACUAUCAUGCAUCUUCUUGCAACACGCAACUCUGCACUAUUUGCUUUGGUGAUUGAGGAAUACAUACAGAUUGGAUUAGAAGCCAAAGAAGUAUUAUUUGAUGGGGAGACUGUAGUACACCAGUGUUUUCCUACAGUGAUAAACAGCCCUGAUGCUCAUCCUAAACCAAAAAGUAUCAGUUUCACAGACAAUGAUCAACUGGAUAAUAUUCUGACAAAUAUAGUAAAGGUUAUUGGUAAUUUGGGAGACUACAUUCACCAGUAUUGCCGAAAUGUAAUGAAUCAAGCUUGGCUUCUAUUAUGUACGUGUCUUGAAGGAGGGGAUAUGCCCUUGAAAGCUGCUUCAUUGAUAGCUUUGUCUUCAUUUGUAGAUGCUUGUGGCCUACCUAGAGACUCUUUGAGACUGGACUAUAUGCUACAGUGUGUAGAGGGAGCGUAUGUUUUGGCAGUGUCAGAAUUAAAGUCAAAGGUUACUGAGUCCCCACUGGAAGAUAGUCCUAAUAAUUGUCAGAUGGAUAUUGAAAAUGAUGAUGCUCCAUCUUUUGAACUUUCUCUUGCAAAUCUGAUACAGUGUCUAAAGCCCUGUCUUCCGUCUUUGCUGAAGGUCUUCCAAGAGGAGUUGAUUUUAAAAUUGUCAAAAAGUCUUCAAGUACCAGGGACCCUUGAAAACAUGUCAGGGUUACUGAGGAAGGCUGUGCUGGAGUGUUGCAGUGUAGUGAUGGAUUUACCCAAAGAAAACCUACAGUGUAGGGGGUUAAUCUCAGCUUUCGAGUUCUGCAUAAACGAUCAUUUAAUGAGUCCUGAGGUUGCAGGUAUAAUACUGAAGAAGUUGGUGAAAUUAGAUCUACUGGAAGCUCUUCCAACAGACUGUGUUGCUCCUGAUACAUCUAGUUCUACUUCAAGAAAAAGAAAGUUUUCAGAAAUGGAGGCUACUGGAGUAAGUAUAGGUGUUGAAAGCCUAAGUAAAUGGUGGAAAUUAGCUCUUCAGAAAGUAGAUACAUCUCUUAAAUUAUGGUCAGAACAACCUUCAGUGCUACCUCUAACUGAAGUUGCAGCUGCUUGUCAUGUCAUUGCAACCACUGCUCAUGUUGCUGUCGAAUUACCACAAACCAAGAUAAACUUUCGUUUUGUGUAUGGAUUUACCUUUGGUGAAAGCUGGCUAGGUCAUUGUAGCAGGUAUAAUACUGAAGAAGUUGGUGAAUUAGAUCUACUGGAAGCUCUUCCAACAGACUGUGUUGCUCCUGAUACAUCUAGUUCUACUUCCCUGAAAAAGAAAGAAAGUUUUCCAGAAAAUUCUUGUUUUUCCAACAGGGAGGCUACUGGAGUAAGUAUAGGUGUUGAAAGCCUAAGUAAAUGGUGGAAAUUAGCUCUUCAGAAAGUAGAUACAUCUCUUAAAUUAUGGUCAGAACAACCUUCAGUGCUACCUCUAACUGAAGUUGCAGCUGCUUGUCAUGUCAUUGCAACCACUGCUCAUGUUGCUGUUGAAUUACCACAAACCAAGGUACUACUGCAGUUCCUUCCUGAUGAAUGGCUCCAAAGUAUAACUGAUUCAAUUUUUAAUAUUUUGAUGAAAUUGGAGAACAUUUACCAGGUUAGCAGUGUUAUGGAACUUGUGAGACACGUAUCUUGGGCAGUGUGUGUGGUUGAUCGUUCCACUGACCAGUCCAGACUCAAAGAAAUGUGGCUUGCACUUGCAACUCUUCCAUGGAUGGCAUCAGAAGUCAAUAUUCUUGAUUUAAAAGCAGCAGCUCAAGGAAAGAAGAUCAAUGUGUGGGCAAACAAACUAAAGUGGAAUAGUGACUCCAAAGUGAAAUCACAAAGUAUUGCUGUCAUAGCUGUGUUGCAUGAUAAAGUUGCACCGAGAUGGCGGUGCCAUGUUGUACGGGCAAUCAUCAGUGAGAAUGAACCUGUUGUGAUGCUUGAAGUAGCUCAUUGGUUUCCAGUGAUGGUUCAUCAGCUGGGGCGAGCAGGUGGCCAGCAGCUUGUAGGAGAGGUCAUUGGUGCAAUACUUCAUUCUCCAGAUCCUCGCGUUGUUGAAGCAGGGGCAGUCUCCUUGAAACAUCUCCUUUGUUCAUUGCUUGAUCUCACGUCUUUAAAAGUUUCCAAGUUUGCAGAAACUGGAAUUAGCUCCAACAUUCUUCACUGUCAAGUUUGUGAUCUCCAGAACUGCACUGUUGGUGAUCAGCAGAAAGUAGAUCCAACAUUAGUAGCAAGAUUUAUAGCCUUAUUAGAUCACUCAGAAGUCGGUAUUGUUGUGGCCGUUAUUGAAUCCCUACCAGCUGUGGUAUCUCACACAAAUCUUUCGGCUCCGAUGGUCAAUCGUUAUCUGUCCUUGCUUCUCCAUAAAGACAAACGAAUUGUUACAGUUAUUGCGAAACAUCUUUCAAGCUUAGUGUCUCCUUUCAAGAGUAAAGCUGCACAUCAGGAUAUGAGAAGUGGAACUGCAAGCAAAGAAGGGGAAAUCAUUCUUUCUUACUUGGAUGACCUCCUUAAAACAAAUGAUCCUGCAGAAUCCUUGUCAAAUGAUGUGCAUCUCGCAGUUGCUGAAGCUCUUCAUUAUCUCUCUAAGUCCCCUGUGACUGGUUUGGUUGGAAGGAUGUUAGUACUGUUGGUUCGUUGUCAGGCAAGCACAGAUAGAUUGGUUACAGCAAAAUCCCAUCUUACAAUUCAUGCUUUAGCAAAGGCUCUUGGACUAAAUCUUAUGGACCUUUACAUUAGACAUCGUCAGACUCUGGCUAAGAUGGUUCAUCAGCUGGGGCGAGCAGGUGGCCAGCAGCUUGUAGGAGAGGUCAUUGGUGCAAUACUUCAUUCUCCAGAUCCUCGCGUUGUUGAAGCAGGGGCAGUCUCCUUGAAACAUCUCCUUUGUUCAUUGCUUAAUCUCACGUCUUUAAAAGUUUCCAAGUUUGCAGAAACUGGAAUUAGCUCCAACAUUCUUCACUGUCAAGUUUGUGAUCUCCAGAACUGCACUGUUGGUGAUCAGCAGAAAGUAGAUCCAACAUUAGUAGCAAGAUUUAUAGCCUUAUUAGAUCACUCAGAAGUUGGUAUUGUUGUGGCCGUUAUUGAAUCCCUACCAGCUGUGGUAUCUCACACAAAUCUUUCGGCUCCGAUGGUCAAUCGUUAUCUGUCCUUGCUUCUCCAUAAAGACAAACGAAUUGUUACAGUUAUUGCGAAACAUCUUUCAAGCUUAGUGUCUCCUUUCAAGAGUAAAGCUGCACAUCAGGAUAUGAGAAGUGGAACUGCAAGCAAAGAAGGGGAAAUCAUUCUUUCUUACUUGGAUGACCUCCUUAAAACAAAUGAUCCUGCAGAAUCCUUGUCAAAUGAUGUGCAUCUCGCAGUUGCUGAAGCUCUUCAUUAUCUCUCUAAGUCCCCUGUGACUGGUUUGGUUGGAAGGAUGUUAGUACUGUUGGUUCGUUGUCAGGCAAGCACGGAUAGAUUGGUUACAGCAAAAUCUCAUCUUACAAUUCAUGCUUUAGCAAAGGCUCUUGGACUAAAUCUUAUGGACCUUUACAUUAGACAUCGUCAGACUCUGGCUAAGGUAUUGGUAGAAAUCGUCAAACCAGGAGAAGUUGGAGUAAUGUUGAGUUAUGUUGCAGAAAUUUUCAAGUGGAGUAGUUCUGCAAAUGGCUCAAAAAGGAUGAAAAAUAAAUUUAGCUCCUUCAUAACUAGCCAGAUAAGAUAUUUGCUGCCUCCCUUGGUUGUUCGAGCAUCUCAGGAAAAUAAGCCUAGCCUUCUCCAGGAGUUAGCUGCUUGCUUGACUCUUCGUCUGAGAGAUGUCCUCAUUGACCAUUUCCAGCACAUCUUGCCAUACCUCGUCUUUAAUCUGUCUGAAGAAGAGCAAGUAACUGUAUUGAACUUCAUCGCUGAUACAACAGACAUAGCAAUUCAUAAUAUCAGACGUUGUUCAGUGCAAAAUCAGGUUAAUGAACUUGUGCUUGGUCUUCAUGAUCAUCGUGCUGCUGUACUGCGAGAAUUUUCCCACAUGAGGGAUGCUGAGUUUGAAAGUGCUGAGAAUACAACUAAGAAAUCUAAAAAGAACUUUGAGAGUGGUUUAUCUUCAGGAAACUUGAAAGGAAUUGCAGAAUAUCUCUCACCACGUUUACUGGGAAUUUUGGGGUUUUUAGACAGUAAACUUAUUUCAUCUUCAACAAUGUACAAGGAAAAAAGAUCAGCUUUGUGGUCAUUGAGUGAUCUUAUUUUAGUCAUGGGGAAACAACAUAUAUCUUCAGUUGCACAUAAAGUUUUAGCAUCAUUGAAGACAUCUCUCAAGUUACGAGACGAUGAAUUUUAUGAUGUAGGAUGCAAUGCAUGGACAAAUUUUUUGUACAACCUUGAUGAAACUACCUUACUGGGUCUUAUUGAGGAAAUCAUAAUACUGAUCAUCCCAUUAGUUAAAGUUCGACCCCAGCAGAUGGCACCUGUUCUGAAUGAUAUUUUGGUUGAAAGGACAGCAAUGCAACCCCUCUUAGGGAAUCUGCCACUCUUUCCUGAUCAUGAAGCAUUGAGAAAAAUCAACAAUACCAUCUUAGAACAUCAGACAGUUUUACUGAGUGGGAACAAUCAGGAAGUGGUGGAUGCUUUGUCUUCAGUGUUAAGGGGACUCAACCAUGAGAGCAUAGAUGUACCCGACUCGCUUUGCUCUAUAAGUCGCCUUCGUCCACUUUUGCGUCACAACCAGGGAACAGUCCAUCAUCUCACUACAGACUCCGAUAAUGUUCAUCCUGUUAUUUCAGAACUUUUUAGUAAUCUGCUUGGCCAGUGUCGUGAAGUCGAUGAAGAACUACAGACAAGUGUAGCAGAAUGUCUAGGUCUGUUGGGAGCCAUUGAUCCCACAAGGCUGUACACACAAACCAACAUCAAAGAGGAGAUGAGCAAGAUUCAUUUAAGCAUUGAAUCAGAGUUAUUCAUUUUGGAGUUGGUAACGGAACUGGGUCGAGCGUUUUUGGCUGCUACUGAUGGAAACAGCCAGACGUGUGCUUCCUACGCAAUGCAGGAAAUUACAAGAAUUUAUGGUGUACGAGAUAAAGAAACCGAAGGUGCUACACAUGAAGGUGCAAGAGUUUGGGACCGUUUACCCUAUCAGUUGCAAGAAAUUAUAUUUCCUCUUUUGACAUCAAAAUAUACCGUAUCAUCUACCAUUACCAAACUUUCAUCUCUGCCAUCACCCAUAUUUGGCAGUAGUCAUGCUAAAACUUUCCAUCAGUGGCUUACCAAUUGGGCAUGUUCUUUGGUAGACUUACUGAAGAGUGAAGUAGCCAGCCAGGUUUUUAAAGCCUGUAAACCUAUUGUCCGAAGAGACUUGACAACAGCCAUGUACCUGUUGUCACCUAUGCUAGUUUGUAUGCUGUGCGAAUCACCUGAAUACCAUGAUAAGAUAUUAGCAGAGGUUUUAGCUGUAAUGAGUUGUAAGCAAAAGGAUGAGGAAGAACAGCAUUCAUGGUCACCAGAAAGCCAGCAAUUAGCAGUUCAGACAGUAAAUUUUUCUGCUCUGGACUAUGUAGCAAAUGGAGCGCAAUGUAUCUAUGUUUCACUGGAUGAGCCUGAUGGUGUUGCUGGUGUAGCAGCAAUUCGUCGUGAUGAUCCCUCCUUAGAGGAACAAGUUCUUGAAUAUGAAUCCACAGGUCGUUUACAAGAUGCAUUGGGUUGUUAUGAACGUAUGUGUGUCAGCCAAAGUUCUGAAGACAUCUACAAGGGUUUAUUGGACUGUUACCUGAAUCUUGAUCAGCCACAUUCCGUGCUCAAUAUUACUUCUGGUCUCCUUUCCCACAGACCAGAAUUAGAAUCAUCACUCAGUGACUACCGUGUUGAGGCAGCCUGGCGACUCGGUCAGUGGAACCAGCUGGAAACAUUAAUGGAAAAAGGAUCUAGUCAAUUGUCCUGGGGAACAGGAAUUGGACAGGUAUUUUUAGCUGUUCGCGCUCAGGAUGCUGCAGGCUAUCAAAAUAGCUUGCGAAAGCUUAGAUCACAGCACAUGACUCCAAUGUCUGCAGCUAGCAUGGAGAAAUGGGCAUACCAGAGGGCAUAUCCGUAUAUUUUAAGGUUGCACAUGCUAACUGAGUUGGAAGAACUUGUAUCAGGCUUACUUCAACUGAAGCUAACAACUGAAAGUCAUUUAAGAUUAUCAGGCCAGGAAACGGAGUUGAGAGCCAAUCUUGGACACCAGCAGCCACUCAAGCUAAACGAGUUGAUUGAAAGUUGGGAUAGACGUCUAAGUUUAGUGCAAACAUCCCAUCGAUAUCUAGAACCUAUCUUGAACUUUAGGAGAACGCUUUUGGAACUUGCUCGUGAAAUAAAAGAGGAAGGUGAUCCAGUAUUGAGUUCUUCUCUGAAAGUAGAGGUAGAGCGAUUGUGGCUACAGAGUGCUAAAGUGGCACGAAAAGCAGGUCAUUUACAGCAAGGAGAAUGGGCUCUGUUGGGAGCAGGAUGCGGUCAAAAUGUAUUUAUGGAGAAAGCUAAAUGGCACUGGAUAAAAGGGGAACAACAUCAAGCAGUUACUACCCUUCACCGUGGAAUUGCAAGGUUUUUUUCUUCUGUUGAUAGCUACAAGGGAGAUAAUAGCAGGGAUACUCAGGAGGAGAGAAGUGCUUGUGGUAAAGCCAAGUUGUUACUUGCAAGAUAUUCUGAAGAGUCGGCUACUUUGGAAGUAAAUGUGAUCAAACAAUAUUAUCGUGAUGCCUGCGAAAUAUUUAGACAGUGGGAAGAUGGCCAUUUUCACCUAGGCAUGUAUUAUGACCGCAUAUUAAGCUCUUUAGAUGUGAAGGAAAAGCCAGUGGACUGGAUUAAUCACAUUGUGUUAAGCUUUGGAAAGUCCCUCCAGUUUGGUUGCCGUCAUAUUUACCAGUCUAUGCCUAGAAUGUUAGCAUUAUGGCUAGAAUUUGGCACCCGUGUAUGUGAACUGGAAAGUAAAGAAGAAAAGUCAAGAAGUACACGUAAAAACUCAAUGCUUGAAACUUACCGUGAAAAACUUGCAUCACUGAAUGGGGCAGUAGGUGCUCUGGUGGAUCGUCUUCCUCAUUAUCUCUUCUUGACAGCCUUACCCCAACUAAUCUCUCGAAUUUGUCACUCAAAUGCUGAAGUCUUUGUGCAGCUGUGUAAGAUCAUAGCAUGUGUGCUCUGCAGCUAUCCACAGCAAGCUAUGUGGCAUAUGAUUGCAGUUUCUAAGUCAUCCUAUCAAAUAAGAGUCAAGAGAUGCCUGGAGAUCUUUGAGACUGCAAAAAGGAAAAAUUCAAGCUUGCACAAAUUCAUUGCAGAUUGUACAAAGUUAGCGGACAAGUUUCUAGAACUUUCAAACAAGCCAGUGGAGAAGGGAAUACAGCAUGUUAGUUUGAAUACUUUGCUUAGAGGUUUGCCGCGGCUGUUGACAGAUCCAGACUUCUCUAAUAUUAUAUUACCUCUUCAGCAACAAAUGUCAGUUACCCUUCCAGCAUCUUUUGAGUCAUUAGAUUCUCACAACCCUUUUUCUAAGAACCAAGUUUACUUAGAAAAUAUUGAGGAUCAGAUAGAAAUUAUGCAAUCUCUUCAGCUUCCCAAGAAGAUUACUCUUCUUGGCUCUGACGGGAAACCAUAUAUAAUGAUGUGUAAACCAAAGGAUGAUUUACGUAAAGAUUGUCGUCUCAUGGAGUUCAAUUCCUUUAUUAACCGAUGUCUUCUUCGGGAUCCUGAAUCAAGAAAGAGAGAUCUUCAUAUUAGAACAUAUGCAGUGGUACCUCUCAAUGAAGAAUGUGGUUUGAUUGAGUGGAUAGAAAAUCUUCAUGGCCUUCGUCAUAUUAUUUAUCGCAUUUUUGAAGGAAUGGGUGUGUGUAUGACGACCAGUGAAACUCAAGCAGCAUAUGUGCAAGUUAGAUUCACCCCUUUCUAAGAAGAGAGAUGUAUUUGUUCAGAUAUUGGUACCACGUCACCCACCAGUGUUUGGAAUGUGGUUUUUGAGAACAUUUCCAGAUUCUCAAGCUUGGUUGAAAGCAAGAUUGGCAUACUGCCGCACUACAGCUGUUAUGUCAAUGGUAGGAUAUGUUCUGGGACUUGGAGACAGGCAUGGUGAGAAUAUAUUAUUUGAUGCCUCAUGUGGGGACACUGUACAUGUUGACUUUAACU